AUGUCUUCCACGACACCACAGCCUAGCAACCCCGCUACGACCAACCAGGCCACUCCCGAAAGUACCGACAAGGACGGAGACAUCGCCAUGGGAGGUAUCGAAGACCCCAAGGAGAUUACCGUCACCGAGACUCUCAAAGUCGCCCUACCAGACCGAUUCACAGGCAAUCGACAAGAGCUAGAAACCUUCUUACUCCAACUUGAGAUCUACUUCCAAUUCAAUCAGGAUAAGUUCAACCAUGACGCCGACAAAAGCGUCUGGGCUGCCUCCUACCUCAGAGGAGAAGCUGCAAAGUGGAUCCAACCAUACCUCAAGGAUUACUUCACCAACUUGAGCGAGCCUAAGAAGCGAAUGUACCCAACUCAAGCCAUCUUUGGGAGAUUCAAAGGGUUUAAGAGAGAGAUACGACGGGUAUUUGGGAACAUCAAUGAAUUACGUGACGCUGAGUCCAAGAUCUAUGGCCUCAAGCAAACAGGGUCAGCAGUCAAGUAUGUUGUGGAAUUCAGGAGGUAUAUAGGUAUUAUUGGAUGGGAAGAGAACGCCACGAUGAGCCAUUACCGGAAAGGGCUCAAGCCUGAGGUCAGGCUAGAACUGGAUCGCAAUGGCACUUGGGAAGACCUAAACGAGUUAAUCGAGGAAUCUAUUAAGGCGGAUGAGAUGCUCUACGAGUAUCAGAAGGAACGCCGAUCUUCCAACGUCCAUGGAAACCGAGAUCGUGGUAAGUACCACAAGAAUGAAGGAAGACCUCGAGAAAACAGACAAUCUUACAGAGAACCAAUGCAAUUGGAUGCAACGUUUAAGAACAAACUACCUAAGGAAGAGGUAGAACGAAGACGCAAGGACAAGCUAUGCUUCGAAUGUGGCAAACCAGGCCAUCGGGCCAGGGAUUGUCGAAGCAAGAGAUCAUCAGGAGGAGGUUAUCACAAGAAGUUCGGCAAAGGUCAACUCAAUGCUACCUUUGUACCCCAACUAUGCGCUUCAUAUCCAAUCGAAGACGAUAGUUACGAACGUGAAGAACGUCAAAAGGAAAUUGACGCAAUGCCACGAGACCAGGAAGGGUUGAACGCCAUAGACCGAUAUGAGUUGGAGCGUCUACGAACCCCUUCACCUCCCCUUAUCAAAGAAGAUCCGAAAGAAAUACCGUCGGUAGAACACGCGACGAUGAGCUGGAUAGCUUGCUACGAUGAAUCUUGUAGAAUUCACCUAUCAGAUAAGGAAGCCACAGGAUGGUUUCCCCAAAGAAAAGCAAAAAGACCCUACAAGAAGGGAAAGUCGGAAAAAUUAUCGUCACAUGAUCAUUUAAAUGGUCAGUUACACAAAAUUGACCAAAUUGACCAAAUUGACCAAAUUGACCAAAUCGACCAAAUUGACCACAACAAGGUUUUGGGUCAAGGGCAAUUAAAUAUCGCAGGUCAGGCAGGACAGAUUUACUGCAAUGCGAAGAUAAAUGGACGAGUAAUCCGGGCCAUGAUUGACUCAGGGGCCACGGGAAAUUUUAUUGCACCAGGAACUGUGAAGCAUUUGGGAGUACAGCUCCAGGCGAAACGAACCCCAUAUCAAUUGCAGCUAGUCGAUGGACAAUUAGCCGGAUUGGACGGAAAGAUUUCGCAGGAGACUCGCCCUUUGCAGAUGAGUAUAACCCAGCACAAGGGGGUUAUCCAGUUCGAUGUUGUUCCACUAGGGAAUCAACAGAUCAUUCUGGGGAUGCCAUGGUUGAAAGCACACAACCCCCAGAUUGACUGGUCAUCGGAAACCAUAUCAUUUCCGAGGAGAAGCGAUCAACGAGAUGUGCUAGAGCCUGCGAGGCUGAACACACGCGGUGGAGAACUGAAGGCGAACAGCACCACUGACGUAGGACGCCCAGUCCAGGGUCCUCCAUUAACGGCGAAGGAAGGUGAACCUCCCGUACAAAUGAAGAACGAGCAGAAGAAGUUGCUUGAAACCACCCCUGUAGAGAAACAGGACGAGACGCCAAUACCGGUACAGUACCAGAAGUACAAGAAACUAUUCGAAGAAAGAAAAGGCCAUGAAGCUUUACCAGAACACAAGCCAUGGGAUCACGAGAUAGUAUUGGAGGAAGGCAAGACGCCUCCAUUUGGACCAAUCUAUCCAAUGUCAGCCUCUGACCUAAGGACGCUUAGGGAUUACAUUGCCGACGCAUUAGAAAAAGGAUGGAUCAGAGAAUCCACCUCACAGGCAGCUAGCCCUGUGCUAUUUGUACCAAAGAAGGAUGGUACAAGGAGACUGUGCGUAGACUAUCGCAAGCUCAAUGAUAUAACGAUCAAAGAUCGGUACCCACUUCCAUUAGCUACGGAACUGAGGGAUCGAUUGGGAAAAGCUAAAAUUUUCUCCAAGUUUGAUCUACGAAACGGAUUUCACCUCAUCAGAAUGAAGGAAGGUGAAGAAUGGAAAACAGCAUUCAGAACUCGAUACGGAUUAUACGAGUAUCAGGUUAUGCCAUUCGGAUUGACAAACGCACCAGCAACAUAUGACAUUUUGGUAUUCUCGGAAACGGAAGAACAACACAUUAAAGACGUUCAUAAGGUUCUGCAGCAACUGGAGGAGGCAGAUCUUCAAUGCAAACCUAGCAAGUGUGAAUUUCACGUCACAGAAACGGAAUUCCUAGGCUAUACCAUAUUCUCCGGAGGUCUCAAGAUGAGUCCUAACAAGAACUAUUCAAAGAUAGCCGCUCCAAUGACCGAGAUCACCAAGAAAAGUCAAGGGGAAUUCCGAUGGACAGAAACAGCACAAGAAGCAUUCGAACGCCUCAAGGAAGCAUUCGCAGGAGAACCAGUCCUCAGAGCAUUUGACCCAGAAUUACCAAUAAUCGUGGAAACAGACUCCUCAGACUACGCAAUAGGAGCACUAUCGCCAGCCGAACUAAACUAUGAGAUAUACGACAAGGAAUUACUAGCGAUAGUAGAUGCUUUUAGGGAAUGGAGAGUGUACUUGGAAGGGUCAAAAUACACGGUGCAGGUGUAUACAGAUCACAAGAACUUGGUUUACUUCACCACAACGAAGGAAUUAAACAGACGACAGGUCCGUUGGUCGGAAACCAUGGCCGCCUACAACUUCAGAAUCUCAUAUGUCAAAGGAAACGAAAAUGCUAGAGCAGAUGCUCUCAGCCGAAAACCAGAAUACUUACAAAACAAAACACACGAAUCACGCGCGAUACUAAAGCAGGACGGCGACGCUUUAGUUCACAACAAACCACAACUUGCCGCCACAUCAGGAGUAAAUUAUGAUACUAUCAAAGAUAUCAUAAAGACAGAAUACUCAACAGACACUACAGCCAAGAGAAUCCUAGCUAUACCAGACAAUCCAGAAAGAGGAUUCACCAUCGAAGAUGGAUUCAUCCAUUUUCAUGGCAAGCUUUAUAUACCCUCCAGUCUAGCUAAGGAUUACGUCACGGAACAACAUGAGCUUCCAGCUCACGGGCAUCAAGGUAUUGCAAGAACCUUUGCUAGAAUAAGGGGAGAAGUCCACUUUCCAAAGAUGAGGACUAUAGUUGAGAACGUAGUUGGGAACUGCGACACCUGCAUAAGAAAUAAAGCCGCCCGGCAUGCACCUUAUGGCCAGCUCAAGACCCCCGAACUACCUACUCAACCAUGGAAGUCCAUUGCUUGGGAUUUUGUAGUAAAACUACCAUUAUCCAAAGACCCAGUCACCCGGAAGGAGUACGACUCCAUCUUGGUGGUGACGGACAGACUAACCAAGUUUGCUCAUAUGAUACCAUUCUGUGAAACUUGGACGGCAGAUGACCUUGCUUAUAUAUUCAUGCGGAAUAUAAAAGCUCUCGACAACCUUUCACCCACAAACAGAUGGCCAAACAGAACGAUUAAACCAAACGAUGGAAGCCUAUCUUCGCUGCUACAUCAACUACAAACAAGACAAUUGGUAUGGGACCUACGCUUAAAGGGGGGGAUAAAGUUUAUCUCAUUCGAAGAAACAUACAGACAAAACGACCAAGCGAUAAACUAG